AUGUCGCUUAUUAACGUCACCGCAUCCAUGGCCCAAUCUGACACCGUCACUGAGUUUGUAACUUCAUUUUAUUUCGAGACAACGGAUAUCGUUUCAAGCGGGGAUCUUUCCUCUGGACCAACCAUUCCUUACAAACAUCGUAUCAUAUGUAGCUCUUUGCUUCUCUUUGUAAGCCUGUUGGGCAUAACAGGGAAUAGCCUCGUGAUCCUUUCUGUCAUGCUCUCUAAGAAACUGCAGACGCCCACGAAUGUUCUUGUCAUCAGUCUCGCCAUUGCAGAUUUUCUGACAUGCAUCAUCAUUCCUCUACAGACGGCUAUGCUGCUCAGUCAGUCCGACUGGCCACUACCAGAGGUGGUCUGCAAGGCUGUUGUCUAUGUCUCCUAUGCGACUCUAUGUUGCAGUGUGCUAACCCUGACGGCCAUUUCUAUCAUCCGCUGGUAUGUGAUCACACACUCCGUCCAUGGGUACCAUGGUAUCAACACUCACCGCAGUAUGAUCCUCGUCGCCAUCAUCAUCUGGAUCGCAUCCGUCAUUGCUAUGGUAACCCCUCCAUCUCUUGGUAUAGGAUCUGUUGGCUAUUCCGACUUCUAUCGCCUGUGCUCUGUGACGGAUGACAACCCAUUACGAGCAUUCUACGUUCUCAUCCAAGCGGUCAUAUUGAUCCUAUCUCUCACAGUCACCGCCACCUUCUACAUCCUCAUCCUGCAUUUCGUCAUGAGGAGCACGACAUCAUUCCGCUCCAAAUUCAGCGAGGAUGAGGCACCGAAAGACCAGCAGGACAGACCGAGGAACACGGCUGGAAAAGGAUCAUCAACCGCCUCCAGUUUCAACAAGCGCGAGAUCGAAAUCACCAAAAACCUCUUCGUUGUCGUCUGUGUCUUCGUACUCUGUAUUUUUCCACAAGGAGCAAACUUCAUCAUUCCUGGUGCUAGCAUCUUUACCCUCUAUUCGGGGAUUCCUUUUAUUUUAAUCAUUGAAUUUUGUUUUAGCUGUAUAGUUAAGCGCAAUGAGAGAAUGGUCUAUUUUGCGCUUUAA